AACCCAAUGCAUCUAGCUUGUAGAACUCAACACAGAGGAAAAUAUUCGCUCAGUUAGCUGUCAUCGGUUCAUGGCGGUCUACUGUGCAUCCAGUUGGUCGCGCGAGGGAUAGCUAAAGCUGAGGCCCUGUGAAGAUACUGAAAGCCUCCCAGCCCCUCUGGAGCACGAUGGCACUGGGAACAGGUUAAGAGCGUUGUACCUGCAGGGACAUGGAUAGACGGCCAUGAUGACGGACGACACACUCAAUAGCUCCCAACUGUCCUUCAAGGUGGCUGCUCUGCGGGUGGUGGACCUGCCCCUCUCGGUCUACAACUCCCUAGCGCAGGUCCACCUCAGCACUGGCACCAAGAAGCUGAUGGCCGCCACGGCCUUCGGGGCCGUCUCCCUCCUCUUCCUCGCGCGCCACUUCCAGAGGAGGAAGGGCAGGAAGAAGGCCCUGCCGCCCCAGUGGGAGCAGGCCGGGUUUGAGUUCCCCUCCCCAGUCCACCUGGAGAAAGACAGCGGCAGUCGGCAGCAGCUCACCCUGUCCCUCAACUCCAAGAACGGGUACUCGUGCGGCCUCCUGCCCAUGGCUGGGCCGUACAGCAAGCUGUCUGGAUCCCUCCAGAGCCUGACCUCGGUGAAGAGCAUUAACUCCUCCAGUAGCUGCACGUGCGCCAACGGCUCCAGCUGCUGGGACAGGCAGGCCGACGACGACAUCUACAAUGUGGUCAACAUUCCUGUCACCACCCCAGAAAACCUGUACCUCAUGGGUAUGGAGCUGUUUGAGGAGGCUGUGAGGAGGUGGGAGCAGGCGUUGACGUUCAGGAGCAGACAGGCUGAGGACGAGGCCAGCUGCUCCUCCGUCAGACUGGGGGUCGGAGAUGCCAUCGCCCAGGAGAGCAUGGAGGACCUCAUCAGUGCAGAGUUCAUCCUGAAGCUGGAGUCUCUGCUGAAGAGAGCCUACCGCCUGCAGGAGGAAUUUGAGGGGGCUCUGGGAAUGUCCGAACCUUCCUCCCGUUGCAACAGCAAUCAGAACCCAGACAUGUCGGGGCGGGACGAGCUGGACGACCCCUGCCUGAGAGACUCCACCAGCAUCGCCUCCACAGACUCCUUUGUGUCUGCCGCCGAGCUGUCUGAACACAGGGAGAUGAGGAGUGUCGGUGUCCUGGGCUCCCUGGGCCAUUCCCCCUUCUACCAGGAGGCACUGCAGAUGGCUGAGGACGGGAAGAUCUCCUGCAGGGUGCUGAGGACUGAGAUGCUGGAAUGUCUCGGGGACACAGACUUCCUGGCCAAGUUGCACUGUGUGAGGCAGGCGUGCCAGCUUAUCCUGUGUGAGAGAGCAACGAGGACGUUUCUGGCUGACACGGGGAAGAAGACCCUGUCUUCCAUCAUUGUAAAAGCACGUAAGAGCCCAAAGAGAUUCGAGGAAGUGUUUGAGGAGAUGAUUUCCUUUCUGGAGCACCCGGAGCACUGGGAGAACACAGAGGUGGAGCUGGCCACACGAGGGGUCAAGCAUUUGAACUUCUACGACAUCGUGUUGGACUUUAUCCUCAUGGACUCCUUUGAGGACCUCGAGAACCCGCCGAUCUCCAUCCAGAACGUGGUCAACAACCGCUGGCUCAACAACUCCUUCAAAGAGACGGCUGUGGCAUCGAGCUGUUGGUCGGUGCUGAAGCAGAAGAGGCAGCACAUGAAGGUGCCUGAUGGAUUCAUUGCCCAUGUCUAUGCGGUGUGUGAGCAGAUCAGUCCCGUCCUGGCAUGGGGCUUCCUGGGGCCCAAGAGCUCCCUGCACGACUUCUGCUGCUUCUUCAAGGACCAGGUGGUGUACUUCCUGAAGGAUAUCUUCGACCUGGAGAAGGUGAGGUACUCGAGUGCGGAGAGCCUGGCGGAGGACAUGCUCCACCUGCUCCACCGGCGCUCCGAGCUCCUGCUGGCCUACCUGGGGGCCGACUCCCUGCGCCACCUCAACGGCUGCGUCGGCCCCCAGGUGACUCCGGUGCCUAGUGCCCCCCUGGAGGCACGCGUACUGUAGGAGAUCCGCUCCCCCCCCCCCCAAACAUCCAUGACGGCGACUCACCUGUUCUGAUGGUGACCCCCGCCCCCCCAUCGUUCUUCAGAAGUGCAGUCUCGCCACCUCACCCUCGUUACAGUGCCAUUUCAAUGCACGUCAAAUGUGGAUGUUCUACUUUUCCCUACGAUAGCGUUUGUGUAAACUUGCAGUUUUGACAAAAAGGUGAUUGAUAUGCAUUGUAAAUUGAAUAGUACUUAACAGCGUACAAGGAUCUUCUGUGCUGUUUAGCCCACCAGUUUUAUCUUAGUAUUUAUUUUAUUGUACUUGAAAGGUAUGUGUGACAUCUAUAUUUUUAAGCUUAAAAUUAUCAUUUUACAUCAUAUGUAAUAUUAAUAUCUUUACACAAGUCAUGGUUUGCCGCGUCGUAUCCUGCAUUGUUAAUCAGCUAGUGAACCAUGGGCAGGUUGUCUGGUUUGGGAGCUGACAUUAGGCCAAAUAUGACUUGGUCUGCUUUUGUGACCUGUAGUCCUUGCUCACUGUAUAACCGAAGGCCUCACAUUGCUGCUAACAUGCCUUGUAAAAGUGAUCCUUUCCCAAAUUGUUACCAGACCUUUUAUGUAACUCACGUAAAUCUAAACAGUGAGCACCAGGUAUAUAAGUAACAUUUUUCUUGGUGAAAGUCCAUGUUACACAUUGGGGUCCCAUCAAUAGUACCAUUCUGUUCUACAGAUUUGGGAGAAAUAUUAACUAUUUGCAUUAAACUAGAAAUGAGGAAUCUUGCAUUGGUCAGGCUGUCCCUGGCAUGUUCUACUGUGGCAGUCACCAUGUUGGUCUUUGAGCACACUAAAUAUAAAGCCUUACUGUCUUUAGUACUGAUGCUCCAGCCCUGUGUCUCGUCAUUGAAUGUAUUGUACUCACCUGUUCAUUGUUGUAUCGCCUAUAAGCUGGUUUGUACUCUCGUUCCUUGUGGGCAUAACCAAUAAAACUACGACAAUGCCGUGACUGACACACGACAUGUCACUACAGUUCAUUAAAAGCAAUAUCGUGGGAUGACAUCAAUAUGGGAUGUCAUCUGGGCAACAUUGGAAUGUAAUAAAAUAAACUUGGUUUAAAAAAAUAAAUAAAAAUGGUCCACA